AUGAUUGCAGUUAGCGCCGCCGUUUCUCCUUCUCCACUCACUGGCAUACGGUCAUCCUCGUCUUUGCGCAGUUUAGUGCUCAGUCCUUCGAAAUCUUCAAGUGUAUCCUUAUCUCAACCAAAAGUCACUAUUGAUGUUGAGUUUGUCGAUGGUUUAACAAACGUUAGGGCCAAAUUACAUGCAAGAUCUUACAAGUCGGUCGACUUUGCAAGAGACCUCCUUGCUAUUUUGGUGGCUCUGCGGGUUCCUGGUUGGCACAAGACGCAGGUAACCCCCGAGUUACUCUCCAUCCGCAAGGUCUCUGGUGCUCUCACCAAUACCAUCUUUUUUGUCUCUUGCCCUACCGUUGCUCUCGUUCCUACGCUCCUGUUGCGCAUCUAUGGCCCAUCAUCCAGCUCUCUCAUCUCUCGCUCUCACGAGUUGCGCAUGCUUCACAUUCUCUCGUCUCGAUGCCAUUUUGGUCCUCGUGUAUAUGGUACAUUUACAAACGGUCGUAUUGAAGAGUACUUCGAGUCUGUCACGCUAGUUUCAUCAGACCUUCGUGACAGGAAGACCAGCCAAUGGAUAGCUUCGCGCAUGGCUGAACUCCACUCUGUGGACAUUAGUGUUGUAGAAGGUCCACUCACCGUCAGUGCUCUUGAGGGGAAGAGUUGGGAGAUCGGGGUCAAGAAAAAUGUUAAAGCGUGGAUGCCAACCGCACGAGAGGUUUUGGGUCUCCACUGUGUAUCUGAGGCCACUCGUCAAACACUUAACAUCGACCGCUUCUAUGAACUUUGGAUGCGUUAUUUACGCUGGGUUUCUCACGUUGAGCAGGUAGAGGGGGCAAGCCGACGUGUUUUCGCGCACAAUGAUACCCAGUAUGGCAACAUACUGAGGUUAACUAGCCCACUUCGCCAGGGUGCUCCCGAGCACCACCAGAUUGUUGUGGUUGAUUUUGAAUACGCAUCGCCUAAUCCAGUUGCGUUCGAAAUUGCUAAUCACUUCCACGAGUGGACAGCUGACUAUCAUUCAUCAACACCGCAUUUUCUGGAUCCAAGCCGGUAUCCGACAAUGGAAGAACGUCAAAAUUUCUAUCGGGCGUAUCUUGCACACUCGCGUCCCAUUGUCACAUACACUUCCUCGGUUCCAACGUUGCGCUCAGAAGCAGAAGUUUCCCUGUUGGAACGUCAAGUGCGUAUUUGGAGUCCUGCCUCACACGGGAUGUGGACUGUGUGGGGUAUCGUACAGGCGCAAGACAGCCUGGAAAGAGGAGAAUUGGAACCAGAGUUUGACUACUUAGCUUAUGCGACAUGUCGCAUGGAAGGGUUCAUUAGAGAGUUAUCCGAGCUUGGUGUUCGUUAG